AUGUCCUCACUCACACCAUCGCCAACAACGACAUCGAAGUUGACCACUGCUACCACCAUGACCCCGUCUCCACCUGUCACAUCCAAGACCGCGAUCCCACGCAAUGACCUCAUCCCAUUGCCAACAACGAUAUCAAGGACAGCCCCUGCUACCACCAUUACCCACCUCCGCAUGUCACAUCGAACAACACGCAGCAUGCUUUCUCGAGUCAAGCGGUCACAGUCACCUCCGCUUCCCCCAGCAACAUCUCAUGGUCAAAUCAAGAGAGCCGUCGCUACACCCGCACCCCAUUCCCAAGAAGUACAUCGAAGGUCCAACAUGGACAUCGACGACGACCAGAGCUACCAUCUAGACCCCGCCUUCACCUUCAUAACCACAACCUCAUCCCAUCCCUAA